AUGGCUACCAAUAUUACUUGGCACGGAAAUAUUACUCAUGAGGAGAGGGCUACACUUAUUAAGAAGAAUGGUAUAACAUUAUGGCUCACUGGACUAAGUGCUUCGGGAAAGAGUACAAUUGCUUGUGCUUUAGAAACAUACUUACUUCAACAGGGAGUCCAGGCAUAUAGACUUGACGGCGAUAACAUUCGUUUCGGCUUGAAUAAAGAUUUAGGUUUUUCAGAGAAAGACAGAAAUGAAAACAUUAGAAGAAUAUCUGAAGUGGCUAAGCUAUUUGCCGAUUCCUGUACUGUUGCUCUGACAUCUUUCAUAUCUCCGUAUAGGAAGGACAGGGAUGCAGCAAGAAAACUUCACGAUGAUGCUAAAUUACCAUUCAUCGAAGUUUUUGUAGACGCACCACUCGAAGUUGUUGAGAAGAGAGAUCCGAAAGGUUUAUAUAAAAAGGCAAGAGAAGGAAUUAUUAAGAACUUCACGGGUAUAAGCGAUCCAUACGAGGCCCCAUUAAAGCCGGAAAUUCAUCUUCAUACCGACAAGCAAACAGUCGAGGAGUGCGUCCAAGUGAUUGUGAAGUACCUACAGGAAAAGAAAUUUAUUUGA